GCAGCAGCAGCAGCAACGCCAGAGCCAGAGCCAGGCAGGCAAGGCGAGGCAGUGUCCCCGAUGGAGCGCCCGGGGGCCCUGGGGCUGGGGCUGCUGAAGACCUUCGACUCGGGGGAGUUCGUCAGCUGGGAGAAGAUCGGCUCCGGGGGCUUCGGCCAGGUCUACAAGGUCCGCCACGUCCAUUGGAAGACCUGGCUGGCCAUCAAGUGCUCGCCCAGCCUCCACGUCGAUGAGAAGGAGCGUAUGGAACUGCUGGAAGAAGCCAAGAAAAUGGAAAUGGCAAAAUUUCGCUAUAUUCUUCCUGUUUAUGGCAUAUGUAAGGAACCUGUGGGCUUGGUCAUGGAAUACAUGGAGACAGGAUCACUGGAAAAGCUGCUGGCCUCAGAACCACUGCCUUGGGAGCUACGCUUCCGAAUUAUUCAUGAGACGGCUGUGGGCAUGAACUUUCUGCAUUGUAUGUCCCCACCUCUGCUCCAUCUGGACCUUAAGCCAGCAAAUAUACUGCUUGAUGCCCAUUAUCAUGUCAAGAUUUCAGACUUUGGAUUAGCCAAAUGCAAUGGCCUUUCACAUUCUCAUGAUCUCAGCAUGGAUGGACUAUGUGGCACCAUCGCAUAUCUUCCUCCAGAACGCAUUAAAGAGAAGAACAGAUACUUUGAUACCAAGCAUGAUGUCUACAGCUUUUCCAUUGUUAUCUGGGGAGUUCUCACACAGAAGAAGCCCUUUUCAGAAGAGAAUAACAUUCUACACAUCAUGGUGAAAGUUGUUAAUGGCCACCGCCCAGAACUACCAGCUAUUUCUAAAUCCAGACCUCGUGCAUGUAAUAACUUGAUCAAACUGAUGCAAAAGUGCUGGCAAGAUGACCCUAGCAAAAGGCCAACAUUUCAAGAAAUUACCUCUGAAACAGAAGACCUCUGUGAAAAACCAGAGAAUGAAAACAAAGAAAUGAUGGUCCAAGAGGAUGUUAAGACUACUCAAGCUUAUCCCAAGGAGAUUCCAGGGCUAUCCCAGCUAAAGCAAGGGGCUGGCCCUGUGUCAGCUAAGGAUUACAGUCUUUCUGAGUUGUUGUCUCAAUUGGAUUCUGGAAUUUCACAGACACAACAGCCUGAAGAGCUCAGCCGUAGUGCUUCUGAAUCAAGGCUUGCUUCCAGUGACAAGAGGCUUUCAGGAGUAUCCUCUGUAGACUCUGCCUUUUCUUCACGAGGUUCCCUGUCGCUGUCCUUUGAGAGGGAGAAUUCUGGAAGUGAUAUUGGUUCAACAGAUAUUCAGAAAAGAAAGUUGGCUGAGGCAAUCACUUCUGGAGACACUGGCAAACUGAUGAAGAUCCUUCAGCCUCAGGAUGUUGACCUUGUUUUGGAUGGGAACUACAGCCUUCUGCAUUUGGCUGUUGAGUCUGGCCAGGAAGAAUGUGUCAAGUGGCUCCUUCUGUAUAAUGCCAGCCCCAAUCUGACCAACAAGAAAGGUUCUACACCCCUCCACAUAGCUGUAGAAAAAAGGAAUAAAAGCAUUGUUGAACUACUACUGGCCAGAAAAAUUAACGUGAAUGCUAAAGAUGAGGACCAGUGGACAGCCCUGCAUUUUGCUGCCCAGAAUGGGGAUGAGCUGAGCACACGACUGCUGCUUGAGAAGAAUGCUUUGCCAAAUGAGAUAGACUUUGAAGGAAGGGCUCCCAUUCAUGUUGCCUGCCAGCAUGGCCAAGAGAACAUAGUACGCAUCUUCUUGAGAAGAGGGGUUGAUGUCGAUGUCAAAGGAAAGGAUGACUGGGUGCCUUUACAUUAUGCUGCCUGGCAAGGUCACCUAUCCAUUGUGAAGCUUCUGGCCAAACAGCCAGGGGUCAAUGUGAAUGCACAGACAGUAGAUGGAAGGACCCCACUACACUUGGCAGCCCAGAGAGGCCAUUACAGAAUUGCUCGUAUACUCAUAGAACUGCAGUCAGAUGUCAAUAUAAGAAAUGUGUUUCUUCAAACGGCUCUACACAUAGCUGCCGAAACCGGUCACACCAGUACUUCAAGGCUGCUUCUCAACCGCGGUGCAGACAAAGAAGCAACAACAGUGGAAGGCUGUACUGCACUCCAUCUGGCAGCACGCAAUGGCCACUUAUCCACCACUAAGUUGUUGAUUGAGGAAGGGGCAGAUGUCAUGGCCAGGGGCCCUUCAAACAGGACAGCACUGCACCUUGCUGCUGAAAAUGGACACGAUGAAGUGGCAAAGGAACUUGUCAACCUGGAGAACAUCAACGAUCCUGAUGAGGAAGGGUUGACGGCUUCCCACCUGGCAGCAAGAGGUGGACACACAUGCACAGUAGAACUUCUGCUAAAGCACGGGGCACUUGCCGGUACAAGCAUUGCAUUUCAGACCCGACCACAAUUAGUUCAACACAAUGGGGGCAGUGCUACUGUUGCUGCUGUCAUGCUACUUAAUGAAACAUAAGGGUGCUUCUUUGUGUCCUUCAUCUUCUCUAUGGAGAAGAGGUUCCUUUGGCAGCUAUUGUGGCACAAUGUCUGCUCCACUUUGCAGCUAUGUUCUGCUUGAACCCAAGCAGAAGAUAAUGGCUGAUGCAGCAAUACAUUCCUAACAGAUUAAGGAAGCAUGGGAGCAGGAGUUGCAAUGUGUUGAGCACAGUCGAACGUCUUCCUUGCAAGGUAGUGUUGAGAAAGCCAUUUAUAGAGACAGCAGUGUGCUUUCCUGGUACUUUAGGAAAAGGAGAGGCCUUGCCCAAUGAUCUCUACAGUUAGAUGAGGAUGAACUUUUUUAUUUCCUUUUCUUUAAAGAAAAGGUUAAAUGGACACUUAGCUCUUUCAGUGUAGACUCAAUAUCUAAUAUUUCAAACAAAAUUAUUAAGACAAGUGAUGGGAAAAACAUCAUUUCAGUAUCACUAGAAUAUUACUGAAAUUUAUUUUUCUACCAUACUUCCAUGGUCAGUGUGAUCAUUUGAAAACAUAACAAGGGUGGUUAUGCUUAAACCAUGUAUAUUAGGAGCAAAAUCUCAGUUUCAUGAUGCAAAAAAGUUCUUGGAAAAAAAAUGUAAGCACUACCAAUUUCAAAGACACACAUUUCGGUUCAGUCAUAUGGUCACUUUUUCCAUGAUCAUCACCAUCAGCCACUGCUUGCAAUAAGAGCUGCAAGCAUCCAAAUGUUAAUUGAAUGGGGGAGUAUUGCAUGGAAAUUCAUUUCUGAUACACAAUACCAGUUUGUGUAUAUAUACAGUGUAUAUGUAUGUAUAAAUGUGUGAAUGUGAAUGAAUGGAGCAGAACACAAAGGGGGCCCUGUGCGCGCAUAUAUUUGUGGACUGGAAAAGUCCACAAUUCAUAAAAAACAGAAAAGUAGAUAAAUUAUCAGUCUAUAAAUUUCUUAAGAGCAUUUUUUUAAUGUUGUAAAUUACUGAACCACAUAUACAGUGCUGCAGUGCCUUCUGGGUGAAUUUGCUGUGUUUGUUAGACUAAUAUAAAGAUAUACUGUGUAUAUAGUAUUUCAGUCCAUUGUACAUCUUCUUUUUCUACUACAGAAAAUUGAAAGUGUAGAUCUGGGUAUGUUUUAAUACGCCUUUUAUAAUUUGCAUUGUUUUCAAUUGUGAUUGCUUUUAUCAAUAAAACAGUUCUG